AUGAAAAUAUACUUUUUAUUCAUUGGACUGCUGCUUGGCUUCGAAACUGUUUUUGCUAUAUAUAACAAUAGAGAGGAAUUUCCGGACAUAGAUAAAUCUUAUAUUCCAUUGAGAUAUGCUUAUGAUGAUGUUAUACAGCCAGCUGAUAUGAAUACCCUUAGCCGUAUUCCUCUUGAUGAAAAUACAACGGCAGUCUUUCGGUUUACCCAAAGAGGAGAAAGUGUUACAUAUAAUCUAUAUCUCGAGGGGUACCAUGCAAAAAGUUUGUGUAUAUCAUGGAUAGUUGGAGUUAGCUACGUCGAUAGUUCCGACCCUGCAAAGUGUUUGUACAAGCCCACCAGUAAAUGCAUGGAUUCUGUUGAAUCAGGAAAAUGUGUGUACGGAACAAAGGAUCUUGGAGACUGCCACUCUGGAGACGGCAUAGAAGGAACUGCUGUACAUAAAUCUACAAAUGCAACAUCAAUGUUGGUAAAAUCUGGAAAUAGCACUCUGCUCAGUUUGAUUGAUGACUAUGACAGCAGUAUCUCCAAGCGAUCCAUCAUGGUAAAUUACUUUUUUUACGGCCAAAAGGCUCCAAAACGUGCAUGUGGGGUCCUUCUACUCGGCGCAGUCAAAGAAGAAACGUAUACUCCUUUGAACAGCGGUAUUCGAGUAGCACCCGUAUAUAUUACCGGCGUUGCAUUUUUAUUAGCUUAUUUAAUCCUCCUAUGCUAA